AAGUCCCGCUCUCCCUUUUACAGUAUAUUGUGCCCUUUAUGCAAUCAUCUCCAUGAUCAGUUGAACUUUAGACAUAGUUUUUGUGAGUUGAGGAGCGUCCGAGGACUAACUGGUGCUGGCUGGAUUCUCUCGACUAUACUGUUGUUCUGUCGUUGGCCACACAGGAGAAGACUGCUUCAUGCUAAAGUGGAGAAGGAUCAUCAUCUGAUCAGAGCAUCAACACGUCAGCUGUCUUUAUUCUUCUCGUGCACCUAUUCGUCUUGUCAGCUCGUGUAUUCUGUGCACAAGGAGGUCACAAGCCUCUCCUUCAUUUUCAAAACCCCAUGGCUCAAAGUCCCUCCGUGUCACAUCCUGCUAUUGUCAUCUCGUGGGUGGACAGGGGAGAGUGAGGAGCUCUUGAGUAUACCCUGAGGAGGAGACAUCUGGACUUGACUAGUCUUUGAAGGGCGCCUGAGGCCAUCACUGUCGACCAUGUGUGCUGCUGUCCUGGAGGAGUACUGUGGGUCGAUCUUUUGGAACUCUUCAUAUGUUGAAAGGGAGGACCCGGACCUGCCAGCAUGUGUGGAGCAGACGGUGCUGGUGUGGAUUCCUUUGGGCUUCCUGUGGCUCUGUGCCCCCUACCACCUGGUGGCUUUCUGCAGGAGGACAAAGAACAAGAAAUACAUGUCGAAGCUCUACAUCUGCAAACAGCUUGUUGCAGCUCUGUUGCUCCUGACUGCCAUUGCGGGCCUGGGCGUCACUUUAGGAGAAGAUUUUGGUCCGGGCCAAAACCCACCUUCACCAGAGAAGAACCCUAAUGUGCACUAUGCCAACCCCAUCCUGUAUGCAGUGUCAUGGGUCUUGGUGCUGCUGUGCCAAGAAGGAUUAAGACAAAGAGGAGCAGUAGAUUCUGCCACGCUCUUCCUCUUCUGGUUUUUUGUGGUUCUGUGCGAUGUUUUCCCUCUCCAGAGUGUCAUACGAGAAGCACUCAGUCAGGGAGUCAUCGCUGAUGUCCCGCGAUUCUGCCUCAUCUGCAUCUCCUUUGGGCUGGAAGUGAUUGCACUCAUCUUCUCUGUUGUGGCUGACAUCUCUCCAGAAACCAGAGAGAUAGCAAAAAAGAAUCCAGAGGCAGGUGCGCCAUUUUUGAGCAGAAUCACUUUCAACUGGUUUAAUAGGAUGGCGAUGAAAGGCUACAGGCGGCCCCUGGUCCAAGAGGACAUGUGGGCGCUGAAUGAGGCGGACAGCACGGCCUACAUCAGCGAGCGCUUCCAGCACUUCAUGCAACUGGAGUUUGGCGCUGCUCGACAGCGGUACCAAAAGGUGAAAAAAACGAAGAAGAAUUUAGAGAAAUCCCAGAAUGAGGCUGUUCAAAAUGGACUCUCUUCUGGUCUGGGGAAAGGUGUCAGUCAGGAUGCGUUGAUGAUGGAGGAAAGAGGCAACAAAGAAGCCAAAAAAGAAAAGAAAACCAAAAAAAAGAAGGAAGAAGAAAACUAUCCUAACUCGUGGCUCGUACCCACCAUCUACAAGACAUUUAAAUGGGUUCUGAUUGAAUCGGCCUUCUUUAAGCUUCUGCAGGAUCUGCUGUCUUUUGCCAGCCCUCAGCUGCUGAAGUUGAUGAUUUCCUUCACUCAGAAUACAAGCAGUUAUGCAUGGGAAGGAUAUCUAUAUGCAGUAUUACUUCUAGUGGUGGCCCUCCUGCAGUCUCUGUUCCUGCAGCAGUACUUCCAGCGCUGCUUUGUGCUUGGCAUGAAGGUCCGGACAGCUAUCAUGGCUGCCGUUUACAAAAAGGCACUGGUGGUCUCCAAUGACACACGCAAAGAGUCCACAGUCGGGGAAACCGUGAACCUGAUGUCCGCUGACGCCCAGCGAUUCAACGACGUAAUAAACUUCAUUCACCUGCUGUGGUCCUGCCCUCUGCAGAUUGCCUUGUCCAUUGUGUUCCUGUGGCAGGAGCUUGGACCCUCUGUGUUGGCUGGACUAGCAGUCAUGGUGCUAAUGGUGCCAAUUAAUGGACUGCUAGCCAGCAAGGCCAGAAAUUUCCAGAUAGAGAACAUGAAAUUCAAAGAUAAGCGAUUGAAGAUUAUGAAUGAAAUACUCAAUGGGAUGAAGAUUCUGAAGCUGUAUGCAUGGGAGCCAUCCUUCCAAGCUCAGGUGGAAGACAUCAGAGGCCAAGAACUGAACGUGAUGAAGAAGUUUGCCUACCUCACAUCAGUCUCCACCUUCAUUUUCAGCUGUGCUCCGGCUCUGGUGUCUUUGGCCACAUUUGCCGUGUUUGUAGGCGUGAGUUCAGACAACGUGUUGACCGCUGAGAAGGCGUUCACCUCCAUCUCUCUUUUCAACAUACUCAGAUUCCCUCUGGCCAUGUUGCCGAUGCUCAUCGCUGCCAUUGUGCAAACAGCAGUGUCCAGAAAGCGUCUUGAAAAGUUUUUGGGAGGCGAAGAUCUUGAAAGUGAUGUCGUGCGCCAUGACCCCAGCAUCACUUCUGCUGUUAGCGUGUGCCAUGGUUCCUUUUCAUGGCAAAAAGAUGGCGAGCCCCUGCUUAAGAAUGUGUCUUUGGACAUCAAGCCAGGGCGGCUGCUUGCAGUUGUGGGAGCUGUCGGCUCGGGCAAGUCUUCUCUGAUGUCGGCCAUUCUGGGAGAGAUGCACAGCACCAAAGGAUUCAUCAAUAUUCAGGGUUCUCUUGCCUUUGUACCGCAGCAAGCGUGGAUCCAAAAUGCCACUUUGAGGGAUAAUGUCAUGUUUGGCUCGCCCCAUGAUGAGAAGAGGUUACAGGAGGUGAUCCAAGCCUGUGCCUUGGCUCCUGACCUGGAGCUGCUUCCUGGUGGUGACCUGACUGAGAUUGGGGAGAAAGGUAUCAACCUGUCAGGAGGUCAGAAGCAGCGUGUGAGCUUGGCCAGGGCAGCCUACAGCCAGGCUGAUAUUUAUCUGCUGGACGACCCCUUGUCUGCUGUGGAUUCUCAUGUGGGAAAACAUCUUUUUGACAAAGUGAUCGGACCUAAUGGAAUACUCAAAGACAAGACACGUAUCCUGGUGACUCAUGGAGUGAGCUUCCUGCCCUAUGUGGAUGAAAUUGUUGUCUUGGUCAAUGGAGUGGUUUCCGAGGUUGGAUCCUACAACAGCCUCCGUGCUAGCAAAGGAACCUUUUCUGAGUUUUUAGACACGUACGCCAAAGAGCAAAACAAUGCUACGAAACCUGAGAGAGAGCAUGACCAGAGUGUUGCAGAGGAGAUGAUCCCUGAAGGAGAUGACGCCCAACCUGACUCCCCUUUGGAAGACACUGUCACUGUGACUCUAAAGAGAGGAAACAGCAUCCGUCGGAGUCAGCGCAACAGCAGUUUUCGAGUAGGGAAAAACAGUUCCACGAGGAAAUCUGAAAGUGCAGGUGAAACAAACAAAGGCCAAAGGCUCAUUGAGAAGGAAACUAUGGAAACAGGACAGGUGAAAUUUUCAGUCUACCUCCAGUACCUGCGUGCUAUGGGCUGGGGAUACGCCACUAUGGUCUUCCUGGUGUACUUCAUCCAGAACAUUGCAUUCAUUGGCCAGAAUAUUUGGCUGAGUGAUUGGACGAAUGAUGCAGUGGAGUACUACAACAGGACAUACCCUACAUGGAAGCGGGACACCAGGGUGGGGGUAUUUGGAGCUCUGGGAGUGGCUCAGGGCUUCUUUGUGUUUCUUGGUACACUGCUGCUGGCCAAUGCCUCAGUUGCGGCAUCCCGAAUUCUGCACUCAAGGCUUCUCAAUAACAUGCUGCGUGUUCCAAUGCUGUUCUUUGACACCACGCCCAUUGGAAGGGUGGUCAACCGCUUUGCAAAGGAUAUAUUUACUGUCGAUGAGGCCAUCCCACAGUCGUUCCGCUCUUGGCUCCUUUGUCUUUUGGGGGUCCUGGGGACACUCUUUGUCAUCUGUCUGGCCACUCCUUUCUUCACCAUUGUCAUCAUUCCUCUGGCUGUUGUGUACUUCUUUGUACAGCGUUUUUAUGUAGCGACGUCAAGACAGCUGCGACGGCUUGACUCGGUGUCUCGCUCUCCCAUAUAUUCACAUUUUGGUGAGACGGUGUCAGGCCUGUCUGUGAUAAGAGCUUACGGCCAUCAAGAAAGGUUCCUCCAGCACAAUGAAAACACCAUUGAUGAGAACCUAAAAACCGUCUACCCGUGGAUCGUGUCUAACAGAUGGCUGGCUAUUCGUUUGGAGUUUCUGGGCAAUCUGGUGGUGUUUUUUGCUGCUUUGUUUGCCGUCAUUUCCAGGGAGACUCUAGACAGUGGCCUGGUUGGCCUGUCCAUAUCUUACGCCCUUAACGUCACGCAAACCUUGAACUGGCUUGUUCGGAUGUCCUCAGAGCUGGAGACCAACAUUGUCGCUGUGGAGAGAGUGAGUGAAUACAGCAUCAUUGAUAAUGAGGCCAUGUGGGUGACAAACACUCGGCCAUCAGAGAAGUGGCCUGAGGAAGGAAGACUUGUGUUUGAAAACUACAAGGUCCGUUAUAGACCUGGUUUGGACCUGGUGCUGCAUGGCAUCUCCUGUGACAUUGGCAGCACAGAGAAGAUUGGUAUUGUGGGCCGCACAGGAGCUGGGAAAUCCAGCCUGACCAACUGUCUGUUUCGAAUCAUUGAAGCUGCCGAGGGUCGUAUCCUCAUCGAUGGUAUCGAUAUAUCCACAAUAGGCCUGCAUGACUUAAGAAACAGACUCACCAUCAUACCACAGGAUCCAGUGUUGUUCUCCGGAACCUUGAGGAUGAACCUCGAUCCGUUUGACAGAUUCAGCGAUGAGGACAUCUGGAGAGUGCUGGAGCUUUCACACCUUAAGGAAUAUGUGGCGGGGCUGCAGGAGGGAUUACAGCAUGAGGUUGCAGAGGGAGGAGAGAACCUGAGCGUUGGACAGAGGCAGUUGCUGUGUUUAGCCCGUGCACUGCUCAGAAAGUCCCGCAUAUUAAUCCUGGAUGAGGCUACGGCGGCUGUGGACCUGGAGACAGAUAACCUGAUCCAGACGACCAUUCAGAAAGAGUUUGCACACUGCACCGUCCUCACCAUCGCCCACCGCCUGCACAGCAUCAUGGACAGCUCUAGGGUGAUGGUGCUUGAUUCCGGUAGGAUAGUGGAGUUUGAUUCUCCGAGUAGGCUGCUUGAAAAACAAGGACAUUUCUAUUCCAUGGCAAAGGAUGCUGGGAUUACACAAGCAGAAAUCACAAGUCUAUGAUUGGAAUGUUUGAUUUUUUUUGUUGUUGUUGCAUAAUUUGGUUUUUAUAUGAUUUUAAAAGGUUGUAUUGUGUUGUAUGUGGAUGGGCAUUUUUGUAUUUAAAGCAAACACAAUCACAUUCAAUGUGUAAAUAAUGUUUGUAUAUAAACAAAUGUGAAUAAAUAUUUUUUUUCA